AUUGCUCCGCCCCGUUUGACUCUCUUCUUCCCCAAAAUUUCUAUCUCUCCGACAGAGAGGGACAGCAUCAGUCAGUUGAGAUGGCGGACGGGAUGGCGGGCAGUGGGGCUUCGCUGCCGUCGGUGGGUCCGGACGCUAGGAGGCGGCGGGUGAGCUACUUCUACGAGCCUACCAUCGGGGACUACUACUACGGCCAGGGCCACCCGAUGAAGCCCCACCGCAUCAGGAUGGCCCACAACCUCAUCGUCCACUACAGCCUCCACCGCCGCAUGGAAAUCUGCCGCCCCUUCCCCGCCGCACCCUCCGACAUCCGCCUCUUCCACUCCCCUGACUACGUCGACUUCCUCUCAUCCGUCACCCCCGAAACCAUCGCCGACCUCGCCUUCUCCCGCCAGCUCAAGCGCUUCAAUGUCGGCGAGGACUGCCCCGUCUUUGACGGUCUUUUCGGGUUCUGUCAGGCCUCCACAGGCGGCUCUAUCGGCGCAGCUGUUAAGCUGAACCGUGGAGACGCUGAUAUUGCCCUGAAUUGGGCUGGCGGUCUCCAUCACGCCAAGAAGUCUGAGGCUUCCGGGUUCUGCUACGUGAAUGACAUUGUCCUUGGCAUAUUGGAGCUGCUCAAGGUCCAUAGACGGGUUCUUUAUGUGGACAUCGAUGUUCACCACGGGGACGGAGUAGAGGAGGCAUUUUAUACCACUGAUCGAGUCAUGACAGUUUCCUUCCACAAGUUCGGGGACUUCUUCCCUGGAAGCGGGCACAUUAAAGACAUUGGAGCUGGUUCAGGGAAGAACUAUGCCUUGAAUGUCCCGCUGAAUGAUGGAAUAGACGAUGAGAGUUUCCAGGGAAUAUUCAGACCCAUCAUUCAGAAAGUUAUGGAAGUAUAUCAACCUGAUGCAGUCGUUCUACAGUGUGGGGCUGAUUCCUUGUCGGGUGACCGCUUGGGGUGCUUUAAUCUGUCCGUGAGAGGUCAUGCCGAUUGCCUUCGGUUUCUGAGAUCCUUUGAUGUCCCCCUGAUGGUAUUGGGAGGGGGAGGCUACACUAUGAGGAAUGUCGCGCGUUGUUGGUGUUACGAGACAGCUGUUGCAGUUGGUGUUGAACCCGAUAAUAAUUUGCCUUACAAUGAAUACUACGAGUACUUUGGUCCCGAUUACACUCUUCAUAUUGACCCUUGCAGCAUGGAAAACCUCAAUGCACCGAAAGAUUUGGAGAGAAUCAGGAGCAUGUUAUUAGAACAACUCUCAAGAAUACCCUGUGCUCCCAGUGUUCCGUUCCAGACAACACCAGCCACCAUGCAAAUCCCAGAGGAGGAAGAGGAAGAUAUGGAUGAAAGACCAAAGCAACGCAUUUGGGACGGUGAAGGCUAUGACUCUGAGUCUGAGCAAGAGGAUAAGAGUCGACAUAGAUCAAUGGAAACUGACGCUCUGAAAGUUGAAAACAUUGAGACGAGGGAUGUCCCAGUUACAGAUAAAGAAGAAGAUGCAAAAAUGGACGAGCAUCCCUUGUGAUAGAUAUUGGCUUCGUAUAAGAUUCUAAGCCUUAUCUAUAUCCAUUUUGCACGAGAAGUCCCUUAGCAUGAGAUUACUGUUUCGACGCAACGGCUUGUCUUUCUCGAAGGCGUAUAUUUUAUUAGAGCUUCUCUAGGAGUGUCCCGCUGAAGGUGAAAUCUGUGUAGUUCAGUCAACAAUAGAACAGACUCUGUAUCGUCGACAUGUCAUACAUAUAUUAUGUUUCUUCAUGGACGUUUUUGUUUCGUGAAGCUUGA